CGGUGCUGACGCCACAAGGCCACGAGAUUUGGAAUCCGGAGUCUCGGGACGAAGCGUUGUUGUGCUCACUGUAGAGUUUCGGAGGUCCAUCCGCCGGAUCUAGUGCGGAAUUUACGAGUGUUAUAGGUUCCCGAUGGCCGUGUGUGCGUCUCAGAUUGCUGGCAUGCAGAUCGUGCCGCAUCGAGGCGUCAAAUGCGCUCUGUGAUUCUCGGACACUGUCUCUCAUUCUGCUUCCAUCUUUAAUGAUUGAAUUACCUGUCAGACACCAACAGUCGGUUCGUUUUUUCCGUCCUCACACAAGAAUUUUGAGACGCCGAGCGAGCAUUGGGAGCAACUUCCACCACGCAACGUUGUGAGACCCGUCGCGAGCUUCGCUGAGGAACAGGCUGGUUUGCCUGAUCCACAUUGGGUUUGAGUUGAAUUUCCCUUGCGGAUUUGAUGGUUGAAGAACGAGAGAUCGAGCCCCAGAAGUUUUUUCUUCCCGACAGUUCACGUGAUUGGGGUGAUUGAGUGGGUACUUAAAAUCUCCCGCUCGAUUAGCUUACCAGAAAUUUGUGUCUCGUUCCUCUGCUCGGAAUCCUUCCUUGAGCCUUAGCGCUUGUUAGCCAGUCGCCUCCUGCCUGCCUGCUAACGACUGCAGCUUCAAGCCCUUCCAUCUACUCUGUCCUUUCCUUGGGUGUAUCGUCAGUCCGGCUCUUAAUCAUCCGAGUUCCUUGGAGUCGAAGCUGAAGUUGAUUCCAACACAGCAUUCAUUCCUCGUCCCACUGUAGAAUUAAACCUCACAAAUUGAACUCUCAUCAAAUGGGGCCAACUCCGAAUGCUAAGUUUUGUGCAUAUGGCUUCUUGUUCCUCGUCCUGUUUGUGAGUCUCUCUCAACAACGUACUUUGAGCGGAGAGGAGAGUAGCGUCCUGAUGAGGCAGCGUCGUAUUCAGCAGGAGAGACUUUUCCGACCACCCGCACUGUUAGCAGACUUGCAAGUGCCCGAGGGCCAAAUGCAACCUCCCUUCAGUUCAACUAACUUCAAUUACACCGUCGUCGUCCCUGAAGAUGUCAACGACCUUCAUGUCACAGCCAGAUUGGCUCUUGGCAAGGAAAACGACAAAUUCAGAGUAAAAUUCACUUCAAACACCAUGGAGGCCGACAUGUUUGGGUCCUCGCUGGUGCUGAAGAAGAACACGUCGACAGCACUAGUAAAAGUUCAUGUUUCGUCGCACAAGCUUGCGACUUCGACCUACUUGCUUCAUGUUGUGACAGGUCCACCUUCACAUGUUGACGACGUCCCAUCUACACCUCAAAAUCAUGCUGAUGGUGGACCGGAUCAUAAACCCGAAGAUUUCUUGGAAGCUCUCUUCAGCACACUUCUGCUCUUCGGUGCAGCAAUGGCUGUGAGUUCUGUAUUGGUAUUCCUGUAUGGGCUUUUAGCAACUCUAAGAACUAGGAGAUCGAUGUUAGUCGAGGGCUACCAAACUUUACAAUAGGUGGUGGCCGCUGAAUCCCUACACUCACUUUGUCAUACACGCAGACGACCAUAGACUUUGUUCUUUAGACAGGAGUAGGUUGAGAAGAAUGAUCCCUGUUUGUACGGGUUUCGACUUAGAUUCAUGCAGCCAGGUCCAUUUUAGUCGAGCUCAGCUUAGCUGAGCUGGUAGAAGACACAUACAACAGACGGUUGUGACCUCGCAGUAGCUUACUCUUAGAUUACAUUGAUAGGCUCUUCCUUAGUCUUCCGACAAACCACAAGCUGGUUUGGAAGGUCCUCCUGGUCGUAACAUAUAUCCACGCUGGGAACAUGUAAGCUGCCUGAGCUCGCAGCUAACACAUACAUGUUUAUGUAUAUUCGCAUCAUGUACCGAAAUAACGUGCCCUGCCGUUUGGAUCAACUUUUGUACACACUGAAAGAGACAUGGACUGAACAAAAGACAUCCCCUCUGUCCAGUUUGAAUCUACGACUUGAGAGUGAUUUGCUUGUGGAUAUGGAUCAAUAGUCGGAGUUUCACACGAACUGACGUUCAGAACCAUAAGGGCACAAAAUUCGGCAGAGAGUUCGUAAGAGUGGAUGUAGUUCCGGCUCCCGAGAAGAUUAUCUGCUGCUCAAGGUACCACAGUAGACGUCAGAUUCAGCACUACGGUAUCUGCUUCCACACAACACCGUUCAGGAAUACGGAUGGGAGCAGAAGAUAAG